UCAGAAUUCACAUGCGUCGCGGAUGUGUCAGAGAAUGAGCGUUCUCGAUUUGUCGUGCAAAGUAAUCGUAAAUGUUGUUCGUGUAUAAAGUGAUAAUGAAAAAACACGCAUUAGAUUAUCUCAUUAUAAAGUGACCGUGUGUUUAGUUCCAGUGUUUUGUUUUUAACAGUUAUUUUCUUGUGUAUGUCAUCGGACUCCUCAACAUGGCGGCUCCCCGUCACAAAUCACAACAGAAAAAUAUAUCUUCGAUAUUUUCUAAGCUCCAUGGGGCUUUUUCAGACGCUGUAUGUCAGACUAAACUCGCCACCGACAAGCGGACAUUAGACAAAACUUGGAAGUUGAUGGACAAAGUAGUUAAACUAUGUCAACAUCACAAAAUGAAUCUAAAAAAUAGUCCGCCGUUCAUUCUAGAUAUUUUGCCUGAUACAUAUCAGCGACUGCGUGUAAUAUACUCGAAAUACGAGGACAAUAUGCAGGAGUUGAAUAACAAUGAACACUUUAACAUAUUUAUUAUUAAUUUGAUUAGAAAGUGCAAACAAGCAAUAAAGUUGUUCAAGGAAGGGAAGGAGAAAAUGUUUGAUGAAAACUCUCAUUACAGACGUAAUUUGACUAAGCUUAGCCUUGUGUUCAGUCAUAUGUUGAGUGAAUUGAAGGCGAUGUUCCCGAAUGGUGUAUUUGCCGGCGACCAGUUUCGUAUCACAAAGAGCGAUGCAGCUGAGUUUUGGAGAGCAAACUUCGGAAACAGCACCCUGGUGCCGUGGAAGAUCUUCCGUGAGGAGCUGAACAACGUGCACCCCAUCUCAUCCGGCUUGGAGACCAUGGCGCUGAAGACCACCAUUGAUCUCACCUGCAACGACUUCAUAUCCAAUUUCGAGUUUGAUGUUUUCACCAGGCUGUUUCAACCCUGGAGUACACUACUCCGCAAUUGGCAACUCCUUGCCGUGACACAUCCGGGCUAUGUAGCGUUCCUCACUUACGAUGAGGUGAAGGCGAGGCUCCAGAAGUACAUACACAAGGCGGGCAGCUACGUGUUCAGAUUAUCGUGCACGCGUCUCGGUCAGUGGGCCAUAGGCUACGUGACGGUCGACGGAGAGAUCCUGCAGACGAUCCCGCAGAACAAGAGCUUGGUGCAAGCCUUGCUGGACGGAUACCGAGAAGGAUUCUACCUGUACCCCGACGGGAGGGACAUGAAUCCAGACUUGAGCAGUGCAAUUAUAUCUCCUGCCGAGGAUCACAUCACAGUCACACAGGAGCAGUACGAGUUGUAUUGUGAGAUGGGCAGUACGUUCCAGCUGUGCAAGAUCUGUGCUGAGAACGACAAGGAUAUCCGGAUAGAGCCGUGCGGCCACCUGCUGUGCACGCCCUGUCUCACCGCCUGGCAAAUCGACUCGGAAGGUCAGGGCUGUCCAUUCUGCCGCGCGGAGAUCAAGGGAACGGAGCAGGUGGUGGUGGACGCGUUUGUACCGCCACGCCCGCCCAACACCACGUGUGAUAUGAAGUUAUCGAACACAAAGUCUGCUGUGAAGUCUGUAUCAUCCAACUCGUCAGGGUCGAGUGGCUCGUCAGGAACUUCCGCGUGUAAUGGAUCAAAUUCAGACGGAGCGAUAAAUAAUCAUUCGAAUGGCUGGUCGGCGAGAAAUACGACCUUCAACGGACUAACGGACGAUUUUGAUGACAAUGAGAGACGCGAGAGAAAAUCGCCGCAUGCUUAGUUUGCACGUCCAUCCGUCACCGCAUUGUUUCAUUUUUGUUAUAAUAUUGAUGGAUUUUGAUAUUUGAGUUACCCGGCCACUAAUAUUAUAAAGAUUUAUUUACUUUUCGCCAUAUGAUUACAUAUGAUAUAUUACAAUAAAUUGGACUACCAUAACUUUAGUCAAUAUACAAAUUAAUCAUAUAUAAUUCAUAAUAUAUAACUUAUAACCGUUUUAUACAUAAUAACUGCUCUGCUUUAAAAGAACCUAUUCUUACUAUCACGCUAUUUUGUAUUUUUCACUGUAGUUGGAAUGAGCUUUGACAGGAAGUGACGAAAUAGUACAAUAUCUAAAUAAGGUCUUAUAAUUAAUUAAUUAUUAUGAAUGGUUUAAUCAUUGUAGAUUAUUUAUAGAGAGAAUUUGCUUACCCAGAUCGCAUUGAUUGAAACGAUUGUGAUUGUAUACAAUUAUUGUUGAAAUAUCUUUACAUGAUGGGUCAAUUGUGAUCACGAAAUUUUUUUUUUAAUAAUUUUGUUAUUUUUGGUCUAAAAGUCAAAAGUUAAGACAAUAGAGUGAAGUCUAAUUUGUAUAUUUUCCGGAUAACUCAAAUAUUGAAUCUUAUGUCGCUGGCAUAAAGUUUAUAUUAGAUUAUGCAUGGUUCUUUAUUCAUUAUACUCUAAGCUACGUACGAUAAACGCAUAGGUUAAUAAAAAAGUGGAUGUGUCUAUAGUCAUUUUUAAGCCAACUUUUCAAAAACUUGCAGUGUAUUAGUGACUAUUAAUUAACUAUGUGAAUUAUUAUUUUCUACAAAGGUUUUGUUACAAAUCGUACAAUUUUAAAAUCUUUUUCAUGAAACCCAUACGUGUGGGGUAUAUGAUGUACAUUUCAAUGCAAAGGUCCAACGAAAAUUUGUUUAAACGAUAUACAGUGAAACCUGGUUAAGUGAGACAUCAAGGGACCUGCAAUGUCGUUUCACUUGUACUAUAUUACUUUUAUAUGUUGCCAAGUUGUAACGUUCACUAACGUCACAUAUAGACGUAUAAUCUUAUAUCUUUAAACAAGAAAUUCUUGCGUGUAUAUCUAUAUAUCUGAAUCUCGGAAACGGCUGCAACGAUUUUCAUAAAAUUUGGUAUAAUAGGUAGUUUCGGAGGCGAGAUAUCGAUCUAGCAAGGCUUAACAUUAGAAUACAAAGGUAAAUUUCGCCAAGACUGUAAUAGCUCAGGUGGGACAUUGGGUAAUCCGGAAAGCAGAAGAUCCCGGUUCGAAUCCAGAUGUCCUUUUAGUAUUUUUUUUGUUCGAGCUUUGUAUAUUCUUAAAAAACCGAGCAAGGCUCGGUCGUCCGGUUCGUUUGCACCUGUAUAAAGCUUAUUUUUCCAUAAUUAUUUAUUUUAUUUUCACCUAUGUAUGAUGCGUGCGUAGCUUAGAUUAAGAUAAUAGUAGCAUAUUGUAAGAAAUACCGUCCGCCUGUUUAAUAGUUUAAUAGCCCCCAGUAUUUAUCUGAACACAAGUAUUUUAAACAUAACCAGUGGAAGGCUCCUUUGCACAGGAUGCCGGCUAGAUUGUGGGUACCACAACGCUUAUUUCUGCCAUGAAGCAGUAAAAGUGUAAACAUUACUGUGUUUCGGUCUGAAGGGCGCCGUAGGUAGUGAAGUUACUGAGCAAAUGAGACUCAACAUCUUAUGUCUCAAGGAGACGAGCGAAAUAGUAGUGCCGCUCAGAAUUUUUGGAUUUUUUCAAGAAUCCUGAGCGGCACUGCAUUGUUAUGGGCAGGGCGUAUCAAUUACAAUCGGCUAAACGUCAUGUUCGUCUCGUCUCUUAUUAUCAUAAAAAAAUAUAUUAUUAUUUAUUAGCGUAUGCCCGUUGAACUCCAAAUAUAUUAUGAUAAUUACGAUAUUAGACUGUAUUUUUUUAAUGAAAUUAAUUUUUUUUUUUGAUAAUACUUUUUAAUUAUUCCGAUAAUGUCGACAAUACGUAUAAAUGUUAUCUAAAGAUAUUGACUGUAUGAAUCGUGGUGUAUUGCAUUAGUGUAUGGGGACUAAACACAUUCAUCCGCUUUCGAUCACAAUUCAUUCUUUUUCAUUUUUAAUCUUAAGUGUGCUAUUGCAUGUAUUACUUUAUUUGGAUUAUUCACGUGCUGUUUUGUGUUUGUUUCAAAUAUUGUAAAAGUGGUGAUAUAAUCAAUUAAACAUUAAAUUAUACAUCCGACUUCGUAGAUAUACAUAUGUCCAAAAUACUUUGUUUCAACCGUCAAUAAUAUGAUAUUUACUCAUAUUAAAAAUACAUCAUAAUGAAUAUUGUACUUGUGAUCUAAAUACAGUAUAUAAUUUGACUUAUUAUCAGACAUUAUGAAAUUAUUAUGAUUAAAUGGCGUCUAAUAUAAUAUAUAUUACUUCUUUGAGAUCAUACAUCAUACGAGUCGUUUAACUUUCCAUUAUAUUACCAUUCUAAAUUGAUCACAUACUUAAACUAUAAAUGGUUCCUUUACUUUUGAUAAUGAUUUGAAUUAAAUAAGUAACCUCCAUCGCUUCAUUUCCUGUACUUUUAUUUGACACAUGACGUAAUCAUUUUAAAGUUUUGCAUGUAUAACUUUUAUUUGCUGUGCAACGGAUAUAUGUGCUUUGUCCCAGUUUAAGUAUGCUUUUUUUACUCUUGUUAUGGCGAAUGCGUUUGGUUCUAUUUUUUUAAAGUUUGGCCUCAUUUAAAUUUAAUAGUGUACGCUUCUUACAAAUAGUAUGGUCGUAUCUGUUUAAUUUCUUUACGUAGGUAAAUAAUGUUUAUUUAUCGCAAUGAAAACACCGUUCAUAAAUGAAAAGUAACACACUUCUUCUAAGAUACGAUACAAUACGGGCUGCUCACAUACUAUAUAGUGAGUCCCGUGCUGGUAAUUGUUCAGCUAUCAACAUUUACUUAUAAUAUAAAUACUUAAAAACAUUUAAAAACCGCCAUUUUUAUAUGCGGUGUUGCCAUUCAAUGUGUGGUGUUGAUAGAUAUUUCUUCCAGGUCAAAAUUUCCUCUGGUGUUUCUUUACCACGUCCAUAAAAAGUUAAUGGUUGACAAUUAUUACCAAAGUGAUUUGGUCAUAAAGAGUGGUAGAUGAACGUGGAGCUAUUGCACAUAUUUUAACAAUUUUAGAAAAUUGAAGACACGAAUAAGACGUAUUCCUAAUGUUUAGUGAUACGUCCUGCUCAGUACAAUGCAGUGCCGCUCAGUAUUCUUGAAAAACCCAAAAUACUGAGUGGUAUCGGAAUUGCGCUUGUCACUUAAAGACUUAAGAUGAUAAGUCUAACUAGCCCAGUAUUCUCACUUGCUGCACCUUCAUACCGAAACACAAUACUUGUACCCAGCCGGCAUUAUGUUAAAACUGCAUUAGUGCUUCAGAGUACUAAGAAUAAUAGAUAUUUUAUGAAAGGGGAUUGAUGCGAGUAUAAUAGGACAGUAGAUAAGUAUGAGAUCAGUAUGUCUGCACUAGAUAUACAAGUGCGUUGAAAAUCAUUUAUUAAUGAGUAUUCAGAUCAAUUCUUAUUUCGAGUUUUAAUUUCCAUCCACUGAUGGACCAAGGCCUCCCCCAAAGAUUUCCACGAAGAUCUGUAUUGCGCUGCCUUCAUCCAAUAUUUUCCUUCGAUCUUGACCAGAUCGUGGGUCCAUCUUGUGGGGGGCCUACCAACACUGCGUCUUCCGAUACGUGGUCGCCAUUCGAGGACUUUACUGUCCAACCGGCCAUCUGUCCGUCGAACUAUGUGCCCAGCCCACUACCACUUCCGUUUAAAUGCCACUUGAGUUUUAAUUUAAUUAAUUACUAAAUCGAUGAUAUGCAAGCAGAAGAGGCAAAUACAUUAUGAGAAACAUUGCUCGAUAAUUCGAUUGCUAUAUAUACAAUAUUUUGUUUAAAUGGGGCUGAAUAUUGAGUAGACUGGUACAGCUGUACUUAAUCAAUACAUUAAUAUUUUUUUAGAUUAUGAUGUAUUUGUAUGUAAAUUAGUAUGGUAUUCUCCGUGUGAUUGUGAUAUGUUGUGCAAAAUAAUUUGUUUUAGGAGUUGACGUAAAGACGUUAAGGACGAGUAUUGUGUAUAAAAUUUUAAGUAUUUUUUUUAGUUUUUAAUGUAUAUUUCAACAAUGCAUUUUUAUACGCCAUUGAUUCGUAGAUGUGUCUUUUUCGAAAAUUUUAAGCUUAGUUUUCAGAUUAUAUCAUAUUAUAGUUAGUAAAGUAAGUAAUGAGUAAAGUUAAAUUAUAUUAAGCCUAGCUGUUGCAUUAUUGCGAAAAUUUAUUAGACCAUUUAUGUGUGUUAUUGAAUCUGGCUACCGAAUUUAAUGUAGAAAAAGUAAAUGAUAGUUCGUGUCACGUACUUAACGAAAAUUACUUUAUAAUUGCGUUUAUUGAUAUGUAUAUUCACCUGCUUACUCAAUCCUACAAGAGUUAUGGAAUCUGUCUUAGAUCAUUUUUACGUCUAGAUAGAAUCUCUUGCUGUUUAACAACCGAUAAAAACAGACGGUGCAGCUUUUAUACUUUAGUGUGCGUCUUACACUCGCGAUUUGUAUGAGACACUUUGUGGUAGUGUGCGUGAAUUGCUCAAAAUAUAGGUUAACUCUAAACUCAAUUUUUUCGACGUUUUCACAGCUUUAGUCUAUCUAGACGUAUAAAUGAUCUAAGGAAUGUGUAAUCUAACAAUUAUUAUUAUUAAAAGGUUACUGCGUUAAAUAUUUUUAGUAUUUUGCCACGUGUUUUACAAUUAUUUUCUCUGUACAGACACGUUAUACGGAUGCAUUACGAAAUAAUAAAUGGAAAUAUUCCUCAUUUUAAUAUUGCAUCUUAAAUUAAGUACUUCAGUAAAAAAUUUAUACGAAAUCUUGAAAGAUGCCGAGUACACAGAAAACAUAAACGACUGAGUGUAGAGAGACCCCAUGGUUCAUUUAAAAUUUAAUUUAUGUCAUAUUUUUUAAUUUAUUUUUAUUUCAUAUUGAUAUAUGUAAGGAUUGAUAAUGAAGUGUUAAAUAAUAAUUAAUAUACUUUUGGGUUAAAA